GGAACCGGCCCCGCACCCGCCGCACGCGCCCGGCCCGCGACCCGCACCCGCCGCCACCACCACCGAGCCCCUCGAGCCAUGCCCGCCGACACGGGCAUGGAGAAACCCACCGCCUCGCCCAUCGCGGGCGCGCCCGCCAGCGCCAGCCACACGCCGGACAAACCGCGGAGCGCCAGCGAGCACCGGAAGGUAAAUGGAGGAGGAGGAGGAGGAGGAGGGUGCCGGUCGGGGCGCAGCAACGCUGGCGGCGGAGCUGGAUGGCGGCAAGCCCGCGGCCGUGCUGAGUCGUCCAAGCCCAUCAUGGAGAAGCGGCGCCGGGCGCGCAUCAAUGAGAGCCUGGGGCAGCUGAAGACGCUCAUCCUGGACGCGCUCAAGAAGGAUAGCUCCCGGCACUCCAAGCUGGAGAAGGCGGACAUCCUGGAGAUGACUGUCAAGCACCUGCGGAACCUGCAGCGGGCGCAGAUGACGGCCGCGCUCAGCGCCGACCCCACCGUCCUCGGCAAGUACCGGGCUGGAUUCAACGAGUGCAUGAACGAGGUGACCCGGUUCCUGUCCACCUGCGAAGGGGUGAACACCGACGUGCGCACCCGCCUGCUCAGCCACCUCUCGGCGUGCCUGGGCCAGAUCGUGGCCAUGAACUACCCCCCUCCUCCUCCGCCGCCGCCCCCGCCCGCCGCCCAGCCCGCACAUCUGGCACAGCAGCCCCUGCACGUCCAGCUGCCUCCCGCCGCAGCUGGAGCCGUGCCCGUGCCCUGCAAGCUCAACCCCGCCGAAGCCCUGUCCCCCAAGGUCUACGGGGGCUUCCAGCUCGUCCCAGCCACCGACGGCCAGUUCGCUUUCCUCAUCCCGAAUCCGGCUUUUCCUCCCAGCUCCGGACCGGUUAUUCCCCUCUAUGCCAACGCCAACGUCCCGGUGUCCGCGGGCAGCGGCUCAGGGAAUGCCGGUGCCACCCCCUCGGCAUCCCCCGUGCAGGGUUUGACAUCAUUUGGGGGCAGCAUUGGUCCAGCGUCCCAGGCUGGGAGUCCCAUCGGAGAGCGCAGUGAAUCCGUCUGGAGACCCUGGUGACUUCCCUAAAACUAUUCCCCCUCUCUCCAAAAAAAAAAAAAAAUACAAAACAAACAACAAACUCUUCUUGUUGGCUCCGUUGUAUGGAGCCCCUGUUAUGUUUGGGGGUGUUUUUUGUUUUUGUUUUUUUUAAAAGCAAAUUUAACCAGAAAGGAAGAUGAAAAAAAAAAAAAAAAAAGGACCUCGCUAUGAACGUGCUAUUUAUUAUUUUCAGAGGUUGGGAUCUCGACUUGUAUUUUUACUCCUUUAAAAUGCCUUUAUUUGAGAUACUUUUUUUAAAGAAAAAAAAAAUAAAUGAGAAAUAGUUUUGUAACAAAUAUUCAAAAGUUAUAAUGCCAAAGUUGUUUGUAUCCCGUUUGUCUGUGGGUGUGUGCGUGCCUGUGUUGAAGACUUCCAAAAAAAAAAAAAAAAGAAAAGAGAAAAAAAAAAUGCAGGUGUUUAAAUAAAGAAUCUCUUUGAAAUAGA